AUUAUCUUACUGUGAGAGAGGGUGGGGUGACACAGCACUGACAGCCGUCAAUGUUUUCUUAGAAAUAGUAAUCUCUCAUUUCUGGCACAAGCUCAAAUGCUGUGAAGAUGUGUAUUUAGUUUGUAUAGGUUUGAGUUGGUAGCACUUGUUGCUGUGUCAGUGUGUAAGUCACUUGUUGCUGUGUCAGUGUGUAAGUCUUCCUGUCAUGCGCUGUCAUGAGUUCAUCGUCUUCCGUGUUGUUGUGUGUGUGUGUGUGUUUGAAAUAUCAGUCGUGAGACCCCAGUGCUGUCUGUUUAAUUUGAAACUGACAUUGUUUAUUUAAUAGCAUUGAUAGAAAAAAUGGCGUAAUAUCUGAAUGAAGUUAUGAAUGAAGUUAUGGACGAAGUGGUGGGUGAAGUAAGGGAUGACGUUAUGAAUGAAGUUAAAGAUGAAGUUAUGGAUGAAGUUAUGGACGAAGUGGUGGGUGAAGUAAGGGAUGACGUUAUGAAUGAAGUUAUGAAUGAAGUUAUGAAUGAAGUUAUGAAUGAAGUUAUGAAUGAAGUUAAAGAUGAAGUUGUGGAUGAAGUUAUGAAUGAAGUUAUGAAUGAAGUUAUGAAUGAAGUUAAAGAUGAAGUUGUGGAUGAAGUUAAAGAUGAAGUUAUGAAUGAAGUUAUGGACGAAGUGGUGGGUGAAGUAAGGGAUGACGUUAUGAAUGAAGUUAAAGAUGAAGUUAUGGAUGAAGUUAAAGAUGAAGUUGUGGAUGAAGUAAAAGAUGAAGUUAUGAAGGAAGUUAUGAAUGAAGUUAUGAAUGAAGUUAAAGAUGAAGUUAUGAAUGAAGUUAUGAAUGAAGUUAUGAAUGAAGUUAUGAAUGAAGUUAAAGAUGAAGUUAUGAAUGAAGUUAUAGAUGAAGUUAUGAAUGAAGUUAUAGAUGAAGUUAUGAAUGAAGUUAUGAAUGAAGUUAUGGAAUAA